UGGGUGUACAGAGCUGCCCCUGCUCCACCACCUAUGGAGCAGCUGGUCUGGCCCCUUCCCCCAGGACCAAUUUUCCCUGUUUCAGAGCCCAGCCGCUCGGCAGGCCGGCUGUUCCAUCGAGCAUCAUCUCCAGUUUUGAGUAGGACAGCGCGGACCUGCUCGCUCUCCAGUCAUCUGCAGGAGGUCUGAGGAGGAGGUGCGCUGCAUCAGUGAUGUUGUAGACUCUCCCACCCAAGGUGUUCCAUGUGCUCUCGCUUCUGCUGUCCCCAGCAAGACUGUGGACUUGUUUGAGAUGAUUGAAAAAAUGCAGGGGAGUCGUCUGGACGAACAAAGAUGUUCCCUUCCAGCUCCUCUCAAGAAGAACAGCAGCUGUCUAACACUGUGUGGAAGGAAAGGAGAGAGGCUGUCACACCUAACCUCAUUCAAUUUGCCUACAGUUUGGCUACCUCCUCCUUUUGCAUGCCUGUGUUCUGUGUAGUUUCAAGGAGGAAGACAGAAGAGGAGUAUAUUCCUUACCCCAGUAUCCAUGAGGUAUUACAGAAAGGGUGGCCAUAUCCUCUCAUUAUCUUACCCCAGUUUGGGGGCUACUGGAUUGAAGGGACCAGCCACAACCUCUCCAGCCUGAGUCCAACUCUGUCGGAUGUACCCUUUCCCUGGAGUGGUAAAGUGAAACUGGAAAGUGACCCUACAGCCAAGCUGUACCGCAAACAUUUUCUGGGGAAGGAGCAUCAGAACUUUUACUCCAGUGACAUGUCCUUGGGCUACCUGGUACUUUCUGUGAAGUAUGAACAGAUUGAGAAACAGGAAAAUCUACGCCUAUUGCUGAGGACUCGGACUGGCACCAAACAUGACCUGAUCCCCAUUUCCUGUCUGAAUGAGUUUCCCAAUGCUGUCCAGAUGGCAAAGCUACUGUGUGAGGAUGUGAAUGUUGAACGCUUCUUUCCUGUCCUCUACCCUAAGGCUUCGCAGCUUAUUGUUGCAUUUGAUGAACAUGUCAUAAGCAAUAACUUCAAAUUUGGGGUCAUCUACCAGAAACCUGGACAGACGACUGAAGAAGAAGUCUUCAGUAACACAGAAGAGAGUCUGGGUUUUCUGGAGUUCCUGGAUUUCCUUGGUGACAAGAUUCAGCUGCAGGAUUUCCGUGGGUUCCGGGGAGGCUUGGAUGUUACCAGAGGUCAAACGGGCACUGAGUCGGUCUAUACAAAUUUCCAGGGCAAGGAGAUCAUGUUUCAUGUGUCUACAAAGCUGCCCUUCACAGAGGGAGAUUCCCAGCAGCUUCAGCGGAAGCGUCACAUUGGGAAUGACAUUGUAGCCAUCAUCUUCCAGGAUGAAAGCACACCUUUUGUCCCUGAUAUGAUUGCUUCUAAUUUCCUACAUGCUUAUGUGGUAGUUCAGCUCACUCAUGGCACCACUGGGGACACUCUUUACAAGGUUUCAGUCACAGCCCGAGAUGAUGUUCCCUUCUUUGGACCCCCUCUGCCAAAUCCAGCAAUAUUUAGAAAGAGUGCAGAGUUUCGUGAAUUCCUCCUGGUCAAGCUCAUCAAUGCCGAGUACAGCUGCUAUCGAGCUGAGAAAUUUGCUAAAUUAGAGGAAAGAACCCGGAGUGCCCUCCUGGAGAGCCUUUUUGAGGAGCUGCAGCUUCGCAGCCGCAGUAUGAUGGGAUUACCUGUCGGGGAGGAUGACAAGAUAGAGAAUGGCAGUGGGGGCUUCCUCGAGAAUUUCAAGCGGGUGAUCAGAGGCCGCAGCCAGAGCCUGGAUACCAUGGGGAUAUCCAUGAGAAAGCAGCAGCCAGCCACCCUGCCCAGCCGCCCAGCUACAGCUGGCCUUGCUCUCAGCCAGAGUGUCGCCGAGGGCCCUAAGGCCAUUGCUGCGUCUUUUGCCUUGCCUGGUAGGAGCCCAUCACGUACUCGAGCCAGCCGCUUCCACGGGCGACGGAGUAGUGCAAUUGGCAUUGAGAACAUACAGGAGGAAAAGAGCAGAGAUACUGCAGAGAGGAUACAGAAGGUGCUGGACAGUCCAGGAACUUUCUUUGACCUGAAGUCUGAUGGAUCAUCCAGUCCCAGCUCCCCAGAGUUCCCCAGCAGGAAGAGCAAAAUGCUCAAGAGUCAGACUUCAGGAUACUGUGUGAUGCAGCCAUUCUCACGUUCUUCAUCCAGUGUAAGCAGUUGUUGUAGUGGUUUGAGGGAAAAUGAGACAUCUGAGGAAGAGGAGAAUGACAGGGAGCUGACGUGCUCUCUUGAGGGCCCUCCAAAACAGGAUUCAGUGGUUCAGAGUAUGUGGCUGGAUGACAGUGACUGCACACCCAGUACUUCCAGCUCACCAGGAAGCAGGUUGCUUCCUUCCAGCAGUGUUGCUGGCUCCACUGGAAAAGGAAAAGGCAGCAAAGCAGAUGCUCAGCACCAUAAUCCAGCCUCCAUUUUGUGCUGCGUGUGAGGUCACCGCUGGAGGACUGCCUCGGUGUAUACUGGGUGAGGAGUGCAGGUAACGGACAUGGAGAAGUGUCACCGGCCCCUGGUUCAGGCUGGGCACAGGCCCCUGGGCCAUCCCUGGCCUCGCUGAAACAGGGCAGCAAGUACUGCACAGCUUCACAGUAAAUAGAGUCAAUCCUGUACCUGCUUCCCCAAAGGAUCUUCCAUGGCCAGCUGACUCUGGCCUGCUUAAUCUACCUAAGCUCUGACUUUCUUGGUUGCCUGCUCCCUCUCAGGGAACAGCAUUUUCCAUUGAGACACCUCUCUCUGCCCUAAUCUAUGCUCAGUUUUAUUCUCCUUUUUUCUUUCUUUGUUCGGUUUCCUUUGCUCAGAUGCAGCCUAGCUCUCUCUGCACCUAUGCUCUGCUUCCUAUGGUUUCAUUAUUUUACUGAACCAUUUUCUUUUGCUCAUUUUGUGAUUUUGUGCCUGUCUCUACACUUGCUUGUUUGCUUUCAGCCUAGCAUUGGCGGGACCUACUUCUCCAUGCCAGUUUCACAGCUUUUCCAGACAGGGGAAGUGGAACUGUAUCUCCUGGUGAGGUCUGUAAUAGGGCAAAGGGGAACACAACUCCAAGUUUGUUCCCUAGAGCUCGUAGUCCAGUUUUGCCUGCAUCACUGAGAGUCUCUCUUCUGGCUCAAAGUCCCUCUCCUUGCCCCAUAUCUUCUCUGGCUUGAUAGCUAAACAGCAUGCUACCUUGAAAGUGCUGUGGAUGUGAGGCUCUCAAGAACUAGUUUGGUGUAUAGCUAAGUAUAAGUAUCACCUUUAUGGAAGAAAAUUAUUGCAGCCAUUCCUAAACAGCUGUCAGUUCUUACUACUGUUAGCAUCUACCUCUGUGCCUGGUAAAAAGACAGCGGUUCAGCUCCUCAAUGUUUUUUCAAUGCUCAGCUUUUAGCUGCCCAGCCACCUGAUGACAUUCAGAGCAGUCAGAUAAACAGGUCAACGCCAUGCAGUGGUGGCUGUUGGUGUGGCAGCAGACUGACAUGUACAGAGAGCAGAUCAGAAAGGGAAGCCAGGGAAAGCUGGUACUCAGCAGUGAGGCUACCUAAAUGCACGCUAUGCCAAAGGUAAGUACUGAGAAUGACAGUGUAGCUGCCAGCCAGCUGGGGUAAUCACCAGAGUGUCUGCCAGGAGCUUGUGCUCAUGGUCAGGUCUCUGUAACACAGGAGCAAGGUUGCCUAAACAAGAGGCAGAAUUUCCUCAAAGCUCUGCUCCCAAGCAGGCAAAUUUUGCUCAAAGUAGGUAUACAGUCAGAAUUGGAACAGUAUGCAUAGUCACCGAUAAAAAUGCAAAGGCUGUAACCACUUACUAGUGGUUAUCACAGGCAAUAAGCAAUGGCAGGAAUCCUGAGUUUGGAUUUUCCUUAUCUAUCUCAGUAGUGUUUAAGUACCUAAUGCUUUGAGCAUUUCAUUUCCAGUGAUUUCAAAUAGGUCUAAGGGCCUUUAAGAUCAUUUGGGAAAUACACAGCAGUUUGUAAGAUCCAUCUCAUUUGGUCCAUCUGCCAAAUCAACAACAUUCUGUCACAAAGGCUUUUUUUUUUUUUUUCCAGUCAAGCUGGUUCAAAGGACAAAGUUUCAUAAGACCCUGGCUUUCACCAUGAGAUUAUUUCAAGAUGUUCCUUGCAUUCUCCCCACCUUCCCACCAGAGUUCAUUACCUCCACAAAAGUGCAUUUUACCCAUUUCUGAUACAGUACUGGCUAUGGCAGUGGCCCCAGGCCACUGGGGUUAUCUGGAUUAAAGUGAUGCUUCAGUCAUUCCAUUUUUAUCACAAUCUCAGAAUCAGUUUGAUAGCACAGAUUGGAGACUAGCAAAUUUCAGGGGGGAAAUGGUAAAAAAUUUCCUUAACAUGGCUUCAAGGGACUCAAAGAAACCUAUGGCAUCCAAAUACAUGAUACUUCCCUGUCAUUGUAACUCCUAAAUGAAUGUAGCCUCUUAUAUCUCACAAAGAUUUCCUUAAAUUCCAGGCUGAAUUUGCCAACGACUAAUGGGUACACUGGUGGAAAGGAGGAAGGAGUUCUCAAAUUAUAAGAUAUUUCCUGAAGAGCUGAAAGAGGUGUAAGAAGGAAAAAUUGUGGAUGGGAGAACAAAUGAUACUCCCACAACACUGACAGCUGUAAGAAUGUGAAAGAUACAGAUAUUUUUUCUGAUGCUUUGUUCCAGGAUUUGCUGUUCAAGUGAACAAGCAUGAAUAUGCUUUACCUUAAAGUUCAGAAAGACACAAAAAAUGGAAUCCCAGCUGCUGCUAGUUCUUCUGCUUCCUUCAGUGAUGCGUCAGAGACAGCCAGGAAUUGUUGAGAAAUCAAGCCUCAUACAAAUCAAAUUAAUUUGAGCUUGUUACUCCAGCCAAUACAGGGCCAGGUUCAAACUAUUUCAGUGUGCAUUUUUAUUUUUAUUGUUUGCCCAUCUUUCCUGCUGUAGGCUAUAUGAUGGGAAGUCCCUCUUAGCGAUAUGCAAAUCACCUUUGGACAAGCAGCAAUUAGGCCAUCCUUGAGGAAGCAAACCAGAGUCUGGUUCAGUUACCAACUAACCUUACAUGGUAUUCACCACUGUCCUCCAAAGCCAUUACUGUAAACUAUUGAUUAAAAACCCCUGCAAGGUCUGGGGUUGGUGCCUGAGAAUGCAUGUGUGUGGGGUGGUCUCAAAUGUCAGUCACUGCAGAGCAAGGUGUAUAAAAUACUGUCCGGGAGGGGGACAGUUCCUUUUGAACUACUCGAUUAGUUCCCUAGAUCUUUCUUUGGGCUUGAAUUGUCCCUCUCUCUUCUCCACUCUUCUCUCUCGUGUCCCCUCCAAUUGCCAUACUGCAGAGUAAAGGGAAGUGUGAAUACCUUGUCCUGUGCUUCUAGUGUCUAUGUAGUACCUUGGAUGUAAAAUAAAAGGAGAAUGUGGCCAGCUUC